CUUGUCACUGUCAUUUGUCAUUGUCAUAAACGUCAUGUCUGUGUAGUGAGUUUGCGAAUUUAUUAUUUUGUACAAAAAUUGUAAACCGUUCUCAUUUCCAAACUUCAGUGUUGCGAAAAGUAGUUUAAUUGUUGUAAUUUAAUUGUAUUUCGUGAAUCCCAUAGUAAUGGAUAGAUUGCUUCGUCUUGGAGGCGGUAUGCCGGGUUUAACCCAAGCACCGCCGCCUUCCGACGCCCCGGUGGUGGACACAGCCGAGCAGGUCUACAUUUCCUCCCUAGCCCUACUAAAAAUGCUGAAACACGGCAGGGCCGGCGUACCCAUGGAAGUCAUGGGGCUUAUGUUAGGUGAGUUCGUGGAUGAUUACACUGUGAGAGUCAUAGACGUGUUCGCUAUGCCCCAGACGGGUACCGGAGUGAGCGUAGAAGCUGUGGAUCCCGUAUUCCAAGCGAAAAUGUUAGAUAUGCUACGACAGACCGGGCGACCUGAAAUGGUUGUCGGCUGGUACCAUUCCCAUCCGGGUUUCGGUUGUUGGUUGUCGGGCGUCGACAUAAACACCCAACAGAGCUUCGAGGCGCUCUCCGAGAGGGCGGUAGCCGUAGUCGUAGAUCCGAUUCAAUCCGUUAAAGGAAAGGUCGUCAUCGAUGCCUUUAGGUUAAUCAAUCCCAAUAUGAUGGUAUUGGGACAGGAACCCCGUCAGACGACCUCGAAUUUGGGGCAUUUGCAGAAACCGUCCGUGCAGGCGCUGAUUCACGGUUUAAAUCGCCACUACUACUCCAUAAGCAUCAAUUACAGGAAGAACGAGCUGGAGCAGAAGAUGCUGCUCAAUUUGCACAAGAAAUCGUGGAUGGACGGUUUGACUCUGGCGGAUUAUUCGGAGAAUUGCAGCGUGAACGAGAAGACCGUGGCCGAUAUGCUGGAACUGGCCAAGAAUUACAACAAGGCCUUGGAGGAAGAGGAGAAAAUGACUCCGGAACAACUCGCUAUCAAGAACGUGGGUAAACAAGAUCCCAAGAGGCAUUUAGAGGAGAAAGUCGAUAUAUUGAUGACCAACAAUAUCGUACAAUGUUUGGGCGCCAUGUUAGAUACUAUUGUGUUUAAAUAAUUCAAAGUGUAUCUGAGGGUUUUUUUUAAG